AUGGAGGUGCUCGACCAGGACAUCCCCGGCCUGUCCGUCAACGACACGGCGUCUCUCGUGAACCCCAUCAUGCACUUCCUCUCCACCGCUCUGCUCCUGGGCUCUGUGGCCGUUCAGCACGUCCUCGGACGCGCCGGCGCGAGCAGGCAGCCCCUUCUCCUGAAGCGCUCCGUUGACUCCUUCAUCGGCACGGAGACCCCUAUUGCCUUGGAGCAGUUACUCUGCAACAUUGGGUCUGAUGGCUGCAAUGCUCAGGGCGCUGCGUCUGGUGCUGUCAUUGCCUCGCCCAGCAAGCAGGACCCCGACUACUUUUAUACAUGGACCCGGGAUAGCGCCCUGGUAUUUAAAGCUACUGUUGACCGGUUCACUACCCAGUAUGACGCCGGGCUGCAGCGCCAUAUCCAAGAGUACAUUGCCUCGCAGGCGAAGCUCCAGGGCAUAUCGGACCCUUCCGGAUCCCUGUCUGACGGCCAGGGCCUCGGGGAGCCAAAGUACAAUGCGGACCUGACUGCCUUUACCGGUGCAUGGGGUCGACCUCAGCGGGACGGUCCUGCCCUGAGAGCCAUCGCCAUGAUCACGUACGCCAACUGGCUCGUGCAGAACGGGUACACCUCAACGGCUUCUACUAUCGUCUGGCCGGUCGUCCAGAAUGAUCUGAACUACGUGGCACAGUACUGGAACCGGACUGGGUUCGACUUGUGGGAGGAAGUCAACGGCAGUUCCUUUUUCACCGUCGCUAGCCAGUACAGAGCUCUCAUCGAUGGCGGCAAUCUGGCAUCCACCCUCGGAAAACCCGCCACCUCAUACACCGCAGUCGCGCCGCAGAUCCUGUGCUUCCUCCAGACCUUCUGGGACUCGUCCGGAGGCUACGCCCGGGCAAACAUCAACGUCAACAACGGCCGCGCAGGCAAGGAUGCCAAUACCAUCCUAGCGUCCAUCCACUCCUUCGACCCCAAGCUGGGCUGCGACGCCGCCACCUUCCAGCCCUGCAGCGACAGGGCCCUCUCCAACCACAAGGCCACCGUCGACUCCUUCCGCACGUACAAGAUCAACAGCGGGCUCGGCAAGGGCAAGGCCGCCGCCGUGGGCCGCUACAUCGAGGACGUCUACUACAACGGCAACCCGUGGUACCUCGCCACCCUGGCCGCCGCCGAGCAGCUCUACGACGCGCUGUACGUGUGGAAGCAGGCCGGCUCCGUCGCCGUGACGGACACGUCGCUCGCCUUCUUCCAGGACCUGGUCCCCGGCGCGGCCAAGGGCACGUACGCCAGCGGCUCGGCGACCUUCACCAGCAUCGUCGACGCGGUGUCGGCCUACGCCGACGGGUUCGUCAACAUCGUCGCCACGUAUGCCGCUGCGAAUGGGUCUCUCGCCGAGCAGUUCUCCAAGGACGACGGGCAUCCUAUGUCUGCGCGGGACCUGACGUGGUCGUACGCGGCCUUCCUCACGGCGGCUGCGCGCCGAGCUGGCGUCGUGCCGCCGUCGUGGGCAAACGACAAGGCCACGUCCGUUCCAGGGACGUGCUCCGCCACGUCUGUCGUGGGGUCCUACUCGAGUGCCACGGCCACGUCGUUCCCGCCGUCCCAAACACCCUCGACGGGCGUGCCGCCCACCAGCGUGACCACCUCCACCACAGGCAGCCCUUCCUCCUCCACAACGACGUCAACAACCACCUCUUCAUGCCAGGCAGCCACGUCCGUCGCCGUGACGUUCAAGGAGCUAGUCACGACAAAGUACGGCCAGACGAUCAAGAUUGUCGGCAACACCGGCGCCCUGGGGAACUGGGACACGAGCAAGGCCGUUGCCCUUGAGGCGUCCGAGUACACGUCGAGCAACCCUCUGUGGAAGGGCACCGUGACGCUCCCGGCCGGCCAGGUCAUCGAGUACAAGUACAUCAACGUAAACACCGACGGCUCCGUGACAUGGGAAAAGGAUCCAAACCACACCUACACGGUGCCAAAGUCCUGCGCCACGAGCGCUACCCAGUCUGACAAGUGGCAGGGCUGA